AUGAGUGCUGAUGAGCCUCAACCAGCUAGCUGGGAUGGGUUUGGCCUUGUAAGUGGAGACCUCUUCUCGAGAUCAACGCUGGAAAGGUGGAGCAGCAAGUCCAAGGAGAGCUUGCUUGGCUUGACUCAAGGCCUGACAUCAUUCCUGGAGGGUGAUGAUGGCGAGCCUCAACUUCGUCCAGAUUCCUGGAAGCUGGGAUACUGCAGCGGUCGGAAGCUGUACUGGGAGGAGUUUGACGAUGAAGGGACGGCUGAGCAACGGUACAGCCAGCUUUGGUGGUCCCGGAUCAUCCUAGAUCCACAAGGCCGCGUUGUGAAAUGCUUUACAGCGCCGCUAGACCCGAAGGGUGUUGGCGUUGCACGACUCAUAAUAGCAGCUAGGUUGCGCGACGGGCGAGACAUUACGACUUGUCCUCUUCAGGCGAUGAACCAGGGAGAUGCACCAUUCAUACCGCCUGACUGGCUUCCAGGCAUUCCGCAGGCUCUGCAGCUUCUGUGGAACAAAGUUGCCUCGCGAGCAUCCAUUAGCUGGUUCGGUGCCACUGCAAAUUCUCUCUGUUACUUUGAUGUGGCUUUGUACCCCAACGUGGAGGGCUAUGUCGCCCUCACUAUUGAUGAUGUGCCUUGUCGACUUGGACCCACAAACUCCUUUCUGCCACGUGUUCGGACUUUGCUGAAGCAGCAUGAUGCUCACGCUACGCUUAUGCUGAUGGGAAAGUUCAUUCCAGGAAAUGAAGAUGAACUGGUAGGCAUGCUUGCAGAUGGCCAUGAAUUUGGUAAUCAUGGUUUGGUUGAUCGGAGUUAUGCGAACGACUCACAUGCUGAUUUUGUUGCUGCCCUGGACGAGUGUUCAGAGCGUAUCAAAAGCCUGCAGCGGCAAGCGGGCCUAGCAGAGCAAGUGAAAUGGUUUCGGGCGCCUCACGGACGAAUAAGCGCGGAGAUGAUGGCAGCUUUAGCACAAAAGGGCCUUCAGAAUGUCAUGUGCGAUACCUUUGCAUGCUGUCCGGUCAUUCAGGAUGGCGAGUUCAUUGGCACAUUCUUGGGGCGGCAAGCCGAACAUGGCUCCAUCAUAUUAAUCCACAUGCCGGAAAAAGGCUUUCGGGAAUGGUGCUUCCAGGGCUUGCAGAGUCUCCUCAUGCAGCUGACACAGCGCGGCCUGAAGGCUACAACUGUUGGGCACUUGGCACAGUUGGCCGGACACGGCUUGGCUCAUCUCUGA